AUGGCAUCUGAGUAUGAAGGCGAGAGUGACUCGUAUUCGGCGGAUGUGUUUUUCGUAGUGGGAAUUGUAAAAAUAGGAUUAGCUUGUUUUGGUGUGAUUGCGAAUCUGAUAGCUAUAGCAGUUCUAAUAGACAGGUCCAUGAGAUCGUCGACAUCAGCAAUACUAAUCAGUUUGGCAGUUUAUGAUUCGGUGUUUUUAUUGGCGUCAGCAGGUGUUGUAUUGGGACCAUCUGAUGCUAUCUGGUUAAUGUUAACAGUUAUAUAUCCAAUACGUUAUAUAGCUCAAAUGGGAUCAGUAUAUUCGACCGUCAUUGUAACUAUUGAGCGAUUUAUUGUUGUUGCAUAUCCAAUGAAAGCUCGGAUUAUAUGUACAUUAUCGAAUAGUCGGAUUUUAAUGGUCGUCGUUUUCAUAUUUUGUGUCGGCUUUAAUAUACCACGAUGUUUACUUUUCUUAAUGAUCCCCGAAGUGAAUUCUACAGCUAAUGCGUCCAUUCCAUUUGAUAGUGAUUAUAUGAAUUUUCACAACAAUAUAUAUGAGCGAUAUUUAACUACUAUAUUUUAUUUCCUAAUACCAUAUAACUUUAUAGUUUUAUUAAAUAUCCGUUUGUUAAUGACACUCAGAAAGAGUAAAAAACGAACUAUAAAAUUAAGCCGUCAUCACCAUGAUAGAAAAGCAUCGAGUGCUAUUAACAACCCUGCCGAUAAAGAGGAUAGCUUAACAACCAUUGUAGUUGGAAUAACUGGCUGUUUUUUCGUUUGUUGUUUCAUACCUAUGGUGUAUAAUUUAAUUGUGUUAUGUGAACCGACUUUAAGAAACGAUAAAUCAACAUUCUAUUUAUUACCAGUUGGAGACACUAUGUUAUGUAUCAAUUCGGCUACAGACUUUAUAUUUUAUUGUUUAUUAGGUCGACGAUUCCGAAGUCUUUUCAGAAAAAAGUUUUGUCGAUGGCGACAUCAUAGACGAGAUACAAUGACCAGCCAAAAUACAGGAACAUUGUGA